AUGCUUGACCUCCCGAAAUUCGACGGCAGCGAAGCCAAAGCAAAGUCGUUCCUGAACGACUUUGACAUCGCUAUGCUUGAUAGAGGGGUAGAAGAUGCCGACGAUGCCAAGAAAGGACGGUACUUCGUUAGGUGUAUGAUCCCAGACUCGAGAGCGGAGCGUUGGAUCGAUCGUUUGAACGAGGCGACCAAGAGAUCGUAUACGGCCCUAGAGGCUAGCUUCAAGGAGACGUUCGUUGGGCAGGGAGGAAUCAACGAGGUCGUGAGGAUGGGUGCGUUACAAGACAUGAUGAAGACAAAGUUCAGGGACUCGGAUGUCGGGAAAACCGAUAGCAACGGGGUCCCUUUACACAUCAAGUAUUGCGAGGAGAUGGCCAGGUUGGGUAACAAAGUCCCUACAAGCACCCACGACUCGACGAAGGUAGCCGCGGUAUUCAAUGGAGUAGGCGGAGGGCUAGGCAAGGUUCUUCGAGAAAGCCCUCACGACACCUUCGAAGAGGUCCUUUCGUCGAUCAAAAACAUCACCGAGUGGCAGAUCAGGGACGUCCAGCACUGGGCCCUCAUCGAAUCGAUGGCCUCGACCAACAGGAGAGCGCUACCCAUCUCCCCGGCUCUGUCGACCGAGGAGCUACCUCCGAUCUCGAGGGUCCCGUCGUACGGAGAGGCGAAUCGAAAGAAGGACGUGUAUGCGAGAUCGGGAGAUCAAUUGGGUGCGGACGAUCGCUACAGAGCCAUCACGCCGGCCCACCAGGCCCGGAUUGACGAAUGGGAAGCCAGAUACGGAGCGGGAGCGGAAGUUACAGCCGAUAGUAACUUCCCGCUGACGCCGGGUACGGAGCCGGCUGGUAGCAAAGAAUGUUACAAGUGCGGUACGAAGCUACCAUCUGUCCACAUAGCUCGCGAGUGCCCGAACAAAUGGGUCAAUACUCGAGAACAAAACUUCCGCUUCAAAGUCUCGGAAGUGAAGAGAACGCAGAGUAAUCAGUACGGACGACAAGGCAACCAAAGAUCCGGAUACGGCCAGGGCUACGCCAACAAUCAGGGGUACAACGCUUACAACAACGCUCCGUACAACAACUCAGGACCAUACAACAACUACUAUGCGUCGGGAGCGAAUAGAGCGCCAAUCGGGCAACAAACGGCAGUAGUUGGAGCGAUGGACUGGGAGGAAGACGACGAAGAGGAGGAAGGGUUGAACUGGAUGGCAUUCCAGGGAAACGCCCGAGGACGCGGCCUCUGA